AUGGCCCGAUUGGAAGAUCGAGGGGAAGAGGAUGCUGAUGGAAGCAAAACCCAGGACCUGUUCCGCAGGGUGCGCUCCAUACUGAAUAAGCUGACACCCCAGAUGUUCCAGCAGCUGAUGAAGCAGGUGACACAGCGGGCCAUCGACACUGAGGAACGCCUCAAAGGGUUCACUGACCUCAUCUUCGACAAGGCCAUUUCAGAGCCCAGCUUCUCUGUGGCCUUUGCUAACAUGUGCCGCUGCCUCACGGUGCUGAAAGUGCCCACUACAGAAAAGCCAACAGUGACUGUGAACUCCCGAAAACUGUUGUUGAAUCCAUGUCAGAAGGAGUUUGAGAAAGACAAAGAUGAUGAUGAGGUUUUUGAGAAGAAGCAAAAAGAAAUGGAUGAAGCUGCUACGGCAGAAGAACGAGGACGCCUGAAGGAAGAGUUGGAAGAGGCUCGAGACAUAGCCUGGCGGCGCUCGUUAGGGAAUAUCAAGUUUAUUGGGGAGUCGUUUAAGCUGAAGAUGUUAACGGAGGCAAUAACGCAUGGCUGUGUGGUUCAACUACUUAAGAACCAUGAUGAAGAGUCUCUUGAAUGCCUUUGUUGUCUGCUCACUACCAUUGGCAAAGAUCUGGACUUUGAAAAAGCCAAGCCCCGAAUGGAUCAGUAUUUCAACCAGACGGAAAAAAUCAUUAAGGAAAAGAAGACUUCAUCCCGAAUCCACUUUAUGCUGCAAGAUGUGCUGGAUCUGCGAUGGAGCAAUUGGGUGCCACGCCGUGGGGACCAGGGUCCCAAGACCAUGCUGCAAGACCAGAUCCACAAGGAGGCUGAGAUGGAGGAGCACUGGGAGCAUGUAAAAGCGCAGCAGCUAAUGGUCAAGGGCAGUGACAAGCGUGGGGGUGGCCCUCCAGGCCCACCCAUUAGCCGAGGCCUCCCACUUGUGGAUGAUGGUGGCUGGAACACAGUCCCCAUCGGCAAGGGCAGCCUUGCUACACCUACUGACACCUCACGGCUCACCAAGAUCACGAAGCCUGGCUCCAUUGAUUCUCACAACCAGCUCUUUGCACCUGGCGGGCGAUCGAGCUGCGGCAAGGGCAGCAGUGGAGGCUCAGGGGCCAAGCCCUCUGACGCAGCACCAGCAGCUGCUCGUCCAGCUACUAGUACCUUGAACGGCUUCUCAGCCCUUCAACAAGCAGUACCUACAGAAAACACAGAUAGCAGACGUGUGGUACAGAGGAGUAGCUUGAGCCGGGAAAGAGGUGAGAAAGCUGAAGACCGGGGAGACCGCCUAGAGCGGAGUGAAUGGGGAAGUGAGCGUGGAGACCGGCUCGAUCGCUCUCGGACACCUGCCACCAAGCGGAGCUUCAGCCAGGAAGAGGAAGAGCGGAGUAGAGAGUGGCCCUCCCAGCCUGAGGGACCACGCAAGGCAGCUAGCCUCACGGAGGAUGGGGACUGUGGGCGGGAUGCUGUGAAGCGAGAAGCCACCCUGCCCCCGGCGAGCCCCCCAAAGGCUGUGCUCUCUGAGGAAGAGCUGGAAAAGAAAUCCAAGGCCAUUAUUGAAGAAUAUCUCCAUCUCAAUGACAUGAAGGAGGCAGCGCAGUGCGUACAGGACUCUUCCUCCUUGCUCUUCACCUUUGUGCCGCAUGGCAUCCAGUCGACACUGGAGCUCAGCACCAUCGCUCGUGGGCAUAUGGGGCGGCUGCUGCACCAGCUGCUCUUUGCUGGGCACCUCUCCACUGCUCAGUACUACCAAGGUUUGUAUGAAAUCCUCGAAUUGGCUGAAGACAUGGAAAUUGACCACCCCCCCCCCCCCCCGCAUGUGUGGCUCUACCGAGCAGAACUCGUGACGCCCAUUCUGCAGGAAGGUGGAGGACCUAUGGGGGAGCUGUUCAGGGAGAUUACAAAACCUCUGAGACCCCUGGGCAAAGCUGCUUCUCUGUUGCUGGACAUCCUGGGGCUUCUGUGUAAAAGCAUGGGUCCCAAAAAGGUGGGGAUGCUGGGGCGAGAAGCUGGACUCAGCUGGAAAGAAUUUCUACCUGAAGGCCAGGACGUCAGGGCAUUCAUCGCUGAACAGAAGGUGGAGUACACCUUGGGCGAGGAGUCUGAAGCCCCUGGCCAGAGGAUGCUCUCCUCUGAGAAGCUGAGCAGACAGCUGGAGAAGCUGCUGAAGGAGGGCAGCAGUAACCAGCGGGUGUUUGACUGGAUAGAGGCCAACCUGAGUCAGCAGCAGGUAGCAUCCAACACACUGGUUCUUGCCCUCAUGACAGCUGUCUGCUCUUCUGCAAUUCUCUUUGAGACGCCCCUCCGAGUGGAUGUGGCGGUGCUGAAAGCUUGAGCGAAACUGCUACAGAAAUACUUAUGUGAUGAACAGAAGGAGUUGCAGGCGCUCUAUGCCCUCCAGGCCCUUGUAGUGACCUUAGAACAGCCCGCCAGCUUGCUUCGGAUGUUCUUUGAUGUGCUGUAUGACGAGGACAUGGUGGAAGAGGAGGCCUUCUAUAGCUGGGAGAGUAGCAAGGACCCGCUGAGCAAAGGGCAAGGGCGUAGCCUUAAAUCUGUCACAGCCUUCUUCAAGUGGCUUCAUGAAGCAGAGGAGGAGGAGUCUGACCACAACUGA